UUCAGGAUGGUUUAUUCUACCUGUGCUGCAUUAGUCUUACAUUUUCAAAAGAUGAUUUUUGAAUGUUUGUUGCUCUCAGGUGUAAUUGUACAGAUUUCUUCUCUUGGGUUGAUAGAGCUGCCUCCACUGCAGUGCUCUCAGGAGGGCUUAUCCUGCAGUGUCCAAGUAAGCAGGCCAAACUGUUCAGUAAAAGACUGGGUGAAGCCGAGAUCCGAGGCUCCACAUCCGCAUCCUAUUGUAGCCUUCCAGUUUAAAUCCAAAGAAGAUGAGAAGAAUGAAACUGUCCCUGUGUUGUCUCUUACAAUGACACAGUAUUCUGAUGCAAACAUAUACAGCCUACAGGGGAUGAAGGUGUAUGUGCAUGAAAUUACCACAAACAACAGUUUGUGUUUUUGUUAUAUCUUCAAGGACAACUUCUCCUGGAUCCAGCGGCCAGACUUCGAGGCGUGGUCUUUUGCACUGGAUCAAAUUGUCGUUGAUCCAGGAAUGACAUAUCAGGUUUCAGUGUCUAAUUUACCAAAGCCAGAUAUCGGGGGACAUGCAAAACUUCUCAACAUAACAAUUCCAGGUUGUGAACAUCGUAAAUACCGAAGCCUCCGUGUCUGCUUGGAGAACGGAAGCCAAUGGGAUCCAAACAUGACAUGGUCAGUGAGAGAUGACGGAGGACACAGAGUCACGAUCGAUCUGAUAUUUAACACAGCAGAGUUCUCAGACAUGUACAAAGUAUACAUUUAUUCAGCUGAUUUCCACAAGGAGCUGUCACAUACAGUCUCAAGGGACAAUCGUACUUCAAUCAGCGUCAAUUUCUCUCUGAACCCUUGGCAGAUAAAACGCUGUGAGAUCUUCUUUGGGAUUAAACCCCACUUUAUACGAUGCAUGCAAAAGUGUUCACAUCACCAACAGAAGGUUAAUAUUUGCUCCUAUUAUUCCAUUCCUUCCACCAAGAGACAGUACAUGGUUUGGACACUUUUAGCCCAAACAGCACUGAUAUUCUGUGCUUUUAUAGCUGUUUUGCUGCACAACAGAAUUCGAGCCAUUCAUACAGAUCCAAAUUCUUCCUCUCAUAACACCACAGACAAGAGCAACCCGGAAGUUGUUUCAGUGCACGAGCGCAGUAAAGUCCUGAUCAUCUACUCUCAGGACCAUCCUAUGUACACAGACAUCGUCUUAAAGCUGUGUGCUUUCCUCAGGUCCAAAUGUGCAACUGAAGUCACACUCGACCUGCUGGACUCUACAUACCUGAGCAGUAUAGGUAGUAUCCAGUGGCUGGACAUGCAGAAUAAGAGCCUUACCAAGUCUACUGAUAAAAUACUCAUCCUGUGUUCUCCGGGAGUGUGUGCCAAAUGGAAUGCCAUGUGCAGAGGGCGCAGGGUGAUGACCCGGGAGGACGCACGCUCACCCAUGGGGGAUAUGCUGACCCCUGCUCUCAGUCUCAUCAUACCAGAAUUUGUGUGCGCUCCAUCAUUUGGGAAGUAUGCUGUAGCAUAUUUCAAUGACGUUUGCAGUGAGAAGGAUGUGCCUGCUCUGUUUCAUGUGGCUGUAAAAUACCAGCUGAUGAAGCAAUUUGAAGAGCUUUUCUUCAGACUCCUGAACAAGGAGAAGUACGAACCUGGAAGAAUUAAACACGUUGAUGGACUUGGAAUCGAUGACUACCACAUCUGUCCAUCUGGCAGAGCCUUAAGAGAUGCCAUUAGGGCAUUUCAGGCAUACCAUCUAUCGAAUCCAAACUGGUUUGAAUUGGAGCUUUUAGACGUACAUGAAGAAGUUGAAUAGAAUGCCAACUGAAAUCUAAUCUCCUGUUCUAAACGUUCAAAUGCCAGAGGCAAACUGAGUAGUCAGAUCUACAAAAUAAAACAAAGAGAAAAGAAAAACAGAUAAAACAUCAAUGUUGUGACAGCUUUCUGUAUUAGCAGGAUAUGAAUCACUAAAGUUUAUAAAAUAUAGUUGACUAAAUGUACUUACUUUAUUGAUUCCUACAGGAAUUUUUGGAGAAAUUAUGCAAAUAGUGGAUUAUAAUUAGUGAUAGAUCAAAUAAUCGAUAAUUUCAGAUUCAUACUCUUGCCAAAUGUACAAAAUGAUCUUACUUUAACUUACAUUAAUAUGCUUUUAAUUUGCAUAGCAAUGCAAAUGUUUAAUAAUAAUAUUGUGAAUUUUCUUUUCAUUAAGAGUUGAUGAUUUCGUGGCUAAUAAUAAUGACUCCGGGGAUAAAACAUUGUAUUAGUGUCAUAAAAAUAUACCCCCCCAAGUAAUAUGUUAAUGUAUUUACUCCUAUAAAUAUAAAAAUAUCUACAAUUUUUUUGAUGAUUAUUGGAAAGGUUUUCAGCAUUAAGUAAUUGUGCUGAAAGAAAUAUAUUAAA